UUAAAGGCGCGGGUUUCAUGAAACAUAAUUAUUUUGUCAUUUUGAUGCGAGUUAAAAUUAUCAAAGGUUUUAAAUCCGUUAAAAAAUAUAACAGCGCUGGAAAAAAGUAAAUCAGAGAUCCGUGUUUGCUCUUUUGGCGCAGUGCGCUAACAAAUACUCAGAAAACAUGGCGGCGUCCUUGGGCAGCGCAGGCAGCGCGAGGCUACUGGGAGCUUUAUCCAGGGCCACAUCAUUAUGGAGCUCCUCCCAAAGCAGAGGCCUCCAUGUCACUGCAGUGUGCUGCAAGAAUCGAGCCGCUCGUGUCCGAGUGGGGAAAGGAGACAAACCUGUGACCUAUGAGCAAGCAUUUCACCCGCAUCACAUUGGCCACCGCAAAGGAUGGCUGUCACAGCAUACCAGUAACCUGAAAGGAGAAGGGGGAGCAGCUGAACGCACCAUAGAGGAUGUGUUCAUAAGGAGAUUCAUAUUCGGGACCUUCCACGGCUGCCUGGCCAAUGAGAUCGUGAUCAAAAGACGCGGCAACCUGCUCAUCAUAUGCGCUUUAAUGUUACAGAAACUCCAGCCACAGAAGUUUUACUUCUUAAUAGGUUACACAGAGUCUCUGCUGUCGCACUUCUACAAAUGUCCCGUCAAGUUAGAGGUUCAGACCCUGCCAGAGAAAGCUGUGUACAAGUACCUCUGAUGGACCUUUGUAGUGUUGGUACAGACAUAAAUGUUUCCAUCUGGAGUUUAAAUUGAUCUAAUAUAAAAUGAUGGCUUUGUUCCCAUCUGCAUUCCUGCUCACUGACUGAUGCCACCCUCUGUUUUCAGUUUACUCAAAACUGACUUUCAAAAUUAAAUACAAACAUUUGUGUGCAAGCACAAGGUUUAAAAUACUGUGCAUGUGUAUAGAAGUGUUCCAGUUCACUGUGUUUAAACCAGCUCUGUUGUACUGUCACUUGAAGUUUUAUCAUCAAGGCUUGUAAGUCAGAGGGAAUCUGAGAAAUCUAUGUAGUGUUUUAUAAAGGAGGAUUACCGGUUAAACCAGACUUAGUUCAGUACAUCAGUGUGUUUAAUAAAACAGAUUCAGGUAAGUCUGACAUAAGUUACCAUGGAACCACUUCCUCAUACCAUAGUAUUUAUAGCCUAAGCUAGUUUGCAAUACCUGUCUCCAUAUGGCCUCAAAAUUCAGCAGGAGCAUUUAAAACAGAAUAAAACACAAUACGACUCAGACUAGUUCGAUCCUGGUCAGGCCACAAUUCAGGUUUCAUCU